AGAAGAAAAGACAAAGCAGAAGGAGAGGUGGUGUCUGCCCAAAAAGUCUCUCUGUUCGAUACUUGGCGGUUUUUUGAAAAUAGUAAUAACAAUACUUAACAAAAAAAAAUAAUAAUCGCGCAACGGGUCUUAAAAGUGACAACGCUGUCACUGCGGUCAAACCUGCAGCCCGACUGAGCGAGAAGAUGCCAGCGGCGGAGGAAUCAUAUGGCAUCAACAAAAUUGUGGACAACAUCAGUAGGCUUUCUCCAGAUCUGUUAGCUGAAGCAUGUCAGCACAUUCUGACUUAUCUUCAAGGGCAGACUAGAGGAGUAGAUUCAGCUGAAAUUUCUGAUCGAUUUCACAGAGCUGGAGUCAGACUUGAACAUGAAGCUCUGCAGAACAUUGUCAGAUUUCUUUUGUUAACUUUCAGGUCAGCUGGGAAGAACAACCUCUCUGGAGAUGACCUUGUGUCCAGGCUGGAAGAAGGCAGUAACAAGUGGUUCAAAGCUUCCCUUCAGGUGUUGCACAGGUUGUGGAGCGAGCAUGGUGCAUCGGUCCAUGCGCAGCAGGAGGUCCAGGCCAUGCUCAGCAUUGGCCAGUUAGUGGACAUGCAGUGGAAGCUUGGCAUGGCAGUGAGCUCCGACACCUGCCGAUCUCUCAACUCCCCAUAUGUGUCUGUACUGAUGAGGAUCGUUGAGCCCUCUGGACAUAUUUGUCAGAAGUCUUUUGAGAUGACCGUUCCACAGUUCCAGAACUUUCACAAGCAGUUCAAGGAGAUGGCAGCUGUUAUGGAGACUGUGUGAGGGCUGCAAGCACACCUAAGUGCUUGCCGCAGUUACACUCCAGUUUAUCUGUCACCAUUGGACGAGCAGCUUGACAAAGGUGUUUGCCUCAAAAUGUGGAUACCAAUUACUGCAAAUGUCAGUUGCCACUUUUGCACUCCAGUUUUUCCACAGAUUGUAAAAGCUCAUACAUGAUUUACUCUUAGGACCUCCAGCUAUUAAAAUAGUUGAAAAUGCCUGUCGUCACUUUGAAUGCCAAGAUAUCAGUGUACGUCCUCCCAUUAACAUAACCAAAUAUAGUCAAUUUAAUUUCAGGGACAUGUAGUGUAUACCUGUACUGCUAAUAAUACAAAACCCUGACUAAUAUUCUAAUUGUGCUACAUUUGUUCAAUUGAUACAGAAUGUUGAACAUUGAGUUCCUCUGGCUUUGUACUUAUUAUAUAUUUCCACAGUUAAAACAGCCGUUGCCAAUGUUACUGUUUUUUUUUGUUUGUUUUUUUAAAAAUCUAGGAUAAGAGAUCGUUAUCAGUCCGCCAUACAACAUCCUGUCUACUAUAUAGUUUUGAAUAGUGCUUAAAAUGUCAUAUCUACUUAGCAGGCGAGUUUAUAGUUGAAUUAGCCUUCUGAAGUAAAAUGGUCCACGUUAACUUUUUACAGUCCUUGUGUUUUCUGUUAAUGUCUGAAUUAUGAAGACUUUUUCUGUUUGUGUAUUCCAUGGUAAUGCUGAAAUGCUCACUGUGCUUCUGUCUUGGUCUUUGUCCCUUUUUUUUUUUUUUUUUUUU